AAAAAAAAAACAUUACAGCGGCCGCAUGGUAGGAAGCGCAUGUGCGUUGAGAGCUGCAGUGAAUUAUCAUGUAUGUCUAUGCAUGUAAACAAAUCCUGAAGCGUAAGUUGCGCCAGAACAACACCUCUCUGUGUUCCGGCAGACUGUACCCUCGCGCUUAUUCGCGAGUACACAAUUUCCCCGGCAAGAUGGAAUGGACUUGCGAAUCGUAAGCGCGUUUGAUCAGUCGCAUUGCCCGAUUGGUAAGCUUCACUCCACGUGUUCCUGGCCACCUGCUGUGGUACUGCGUAAAUCUGACGCGCUAGCGUGAUGGCAACUGUCAACAGAAAAGCCGAGAAGCGAAUCGGUUUGAGUUCUAAGAAGAUGAAGCGCAUGGAAUCCAAGAAGAGGAAGAUUGAAGCCUUCUUGCAGUUGUGCGAGGACAAGUCAUCGGUCAGCCCAGAAUCGGCCACUGCAACUAAGAAGCGUCAAAACUCGGACAAAACUUGGGCGCACGAAAAAACGUCUGUUUCAGAGAGAAAGACAGCGGACAUUUCAGACGCGGCCAAGACAAUCGGCGAGGAAUUGGUGCAGCUUCGAGCCCGGAAGCGUCCCUUUCCUAGUGCGUGGAAACAAAUGCCCAAGUUUUUUCUGACCGAUGAUGGCACCGAAGCUGCCUGGGCGUGGCCAGAAACCGAUGCCAGUGCCGACAACGACGACUCCGAGGACGUCGUGGAGGACAAGGCCGUUCUUUACCUUCAAGAUAUCCAGGCCCUGCUCCUUGUAGCCUUAAUGGGCCAGAAGACCCCAAUCUUGACGCGUUGGUGCCGGUACCUACGAAACGAAAAAACCAGCCACAUUGUCGUAAUCACUGUGAGCGGACUCUCGGCGAAGGACCUUAGUGCGAGUGCCGAACAGUUCCCGAAGCUCAGGAACAUAUUUCCCGACGGCGGAGUCCGUGUCGUUCCCUCUGCGCGUUACGGCGCCACAACCGAAUCUGAACUUACGCAAGUGCCAAUCAGUCUCACCAGCGGCAUGAAACUGCGGUGCUUCUUUGGCUCACUGGAGGCCGCCGAGUCUGCUGGUGCGGUCUACAGGUGUUACGGAGCGUUUGUGCCCAUCGAGAAGCCUGACGAUAAAGAAACCAGUGGGAAAAACGAAGAACCGGAGCCGUCCGACAAACCAAGCGUUCCAAAGACCAACGAUGUGACGGCUGCUGAUCCGCCAGUACUGAACCAGACGGUGGCAAUGAAAAGUAGUAAGACACAGCCGCUUGACAGUAAGCUGCCAGAAAGGCUUCCGGCAAAAGAAGUGCCAACUGAAGAUGAAGACAUUGCCACUUUUGAGGUGCCCCGUACAUUUUUUCUGUUGAGCCCAGUUCAGAUGCUGACUGAAGGCUAUCCACUGAUCAGAGCAAACAACACACGAGACUAUGUCUACACAAAGUCAAGCUACACACCAGUAAAUCAUAACUCCCGCUUGUUCGGAUUAGAUUGUGAGAUGUGCUUGACAACAGCCAGGGUCAACGAGCUCACCCGUGUCACCAUGGUGGACGAAGAGGAAAAUGUGCUGCUUGACGAACUGGUCAAACCUCGCAACCGCAUAAUUAACUACCUCACACAGUUCAGUGGCAUAACAAAAGAAAUGCUGGAUCCAGUGUGGACACGCAUUGAAGAUGUCCAGAAAGCAAUAUCCGACCUUUUGCCCAGCGAUGCCAUCCUCGUGGGACAAUCGCUGAACUGUGACUUGCACGCGCUACAUUUGAUACAUCCAUAUGUGAUUGACUCCAGUGUCAUCUACAACGUAACGGGAAACCGGCGAAUCAAGACGAAGCUCAAGACACUGACAAGCACUUUUCUUGGCGAGGAAAUUCAAACGGGCAGCGACGGCCACUGUUCCGCAGAGGACGCCAUCGCAAGUCUUCGCCUUGUCAAGCAUAGGCUCAAACAGGGCCUCUUUUAUGGGGAUGCCGUUCUUAAAGAAAUGCAAAAGAAAAUCAUGGACAGGGCAUUUGAAAUAUACAAUUGUAAAAAACAGUUCAAUGUCUUUGUCUAUGAUGAGGAUCAAAUGGGAUUUGGAGGUGCCGGCAAGGAAAAGGAAGAAUAUGAGCCUAUCGGAGUUUAUGUCUAUGAUGAGGCAGAGUUGGAGUCCACCACAGUAGCCAAAACUCCCACCAAGCCGCAAGAAUCGCCGAGCAAGCAAAAAGAAUUAACGGUGUGGGCUAAAUGUCGGAAACAGCUCCAAACCGAUUUCCGGGGCGCUGUGAGCAACCUGUUUUACUACCUUAAUAAAAGGGAGAACAGGAGGUUAGUGCAUCUUGUUGGCAAGAAGGAAGUCCUUGGCAACUACCCCAAGUUUGUGCUCAAAACCACUCCUCACACUGAAGUGGACAGCAACAAAGAAGUCGCACGAAGCGUGAGGUCUCUUAUGGAAACAAACCAGAUCGUCAUGGCUGGGCUUCAAGCACAGGACAGCAAUGGACAAGUUACCAGGGAAAAGGCCGCAGAAGUGGACAAACUUUUAAGAAAGAUCUAUCGCAGUUGCAGGAAGGCAUGUCUGUUUGUUGUGUUCUUAGAAGGCUCAGUGGACGUGGACACUCAAGUGACUCAACACGGACUGUGUUUUGUGAAGGUCAAGGAAGCUGAAAAGAGACCUCUAAAAGAAGACUGUAGUGUCGAGGAUUGAUGGACCUCCUAAGGAAUGAUGCAUAGGUGAUAUUAAGCAAUUUUGCUUCAAUUGCUCUUAUUGAUUCUGAGGAUAUUAAACGUGUUCAAAAUGGUUAAAAAAAA